AUGGAAGAGCCCCUCCCAUCAUAUCCCUCUGGCGCCCAGCAGCAUUCAUGGCACUUGGGCAAGGCAGCAGUGCACAUCGUGAUUGGUGAAAUCGAAAAUGUGGUGGCUGCCAUGCGCUUGAACAGUCGAUGGGGCUCAGGGCCUCGCCUGGUUUCCCAACCCGAGAGCCCUCUCCUCCAAGGCUUCAAAACGCUUCGUGCCACACUCUCAACCACCCACGACCUUGCCGCCCUGGAACCGCUCGCAUACCUGAAGCCCUUCCUGGGCGUCAUCCGAUCGGAGGAGACCAGCGGUCCGAUCACCGGUGUGGCACUCUCCUCCGUCAACAAGUUCCUCUCCUACGGCUUCAUACACGAGGGCACGCCCAGUGCGGCCAAGGCGAUGAGCACCAUCACCGACAUCGUCACCCAUUGUCGCUUCGAGGCCACGGCUCCCGACUCAGACGAGGUCGUGCUGGCCACCAUCCUCGAUGUGCUGCUGAUGUGCCUCAAAUGUCCCGCCGGCUUCCUGUUGAGCGACGACAUGGUGAUGGAGAUGAUCCAGACCUGCUUCCGCAUGAGCGUGCAAACUCGCAUGAGCGAACUGCUGCGCAAGCGGGCGGAGCGUACGCUGGUGGAGAUGGUGCAUACGGUGUUCCUCAACAGCGCCAGCUACUUCACACCCACCUCGCGCCCGCCCGAGGCCGUGCUCCCCUCGCCGGACCAGGGGCCGGCGCGCCCGUCGGCCUCCCCCUCCGCCGGCGCACCCGACGGGAGUACCGGCGAGUCCCCGGAAGACGCGGGAGAAGGAGGCAAGGAGUACAUAAACCCGCGCGGCGUUCGCUUCCGUCCCACAGCCUCGGGCGAGGAGAGCGGCAAAUCUCAAGUGCCGACGCAUAAGCCCUACGGCGUGCCGUGCAUGGUGAAGCUGUUCGGCUUCAUCUGCUCGCUCAUCCAACCCACGCGAGCCAAUUCGGAGCCCAUUCGGCUGCUCGGGCUGAGCCUGAACCUGAUGACGAGCGAUUUGACGAUCUUCACCCUCACGCUGCGGACCUUCUACCACCUCUUCGUUUCCUACAAGGCGUCCCUCAAGCUGCAGAUGGAGGCCUUCUUCCUGUGCCUCCUCAACAGUGUCAUGGAGAGCAAGGCGUCGAGCUACGAGAAGCAGGAAUUGGCUCUCGAGUGCCUGGUGGAGUUCUGCGCGGAGCCCGAUUUCAUGAUCGACCUCUUCCUCAACUACGACUGCGAUCUCCAGUGCGCAAACCUCUUCGAGCAGCUCUGCAAAUUCCUCUACAAAAACUCCUUUCCCGUCAGCGGCGCCCUGUACACAAUCCACGUGCUGUCGCUGGAAGGCCUCCUCGCCCUCAUGCAUGCCCUCGCCGACCGCUGCAAGCCCUCUCACCACCACCCCCACCACCACCCCGCCCUUCCCUCGCCUCCCAUUUCGGCCGAGGAGCUGGCCAAGAGGAAGCAGAUCAAGCGCCUGCUGCUCAUGAGCGUGGAGCACUGGAACCCGCCCGCCACGGACGCCGCCCACACCCCGCGCGCCAAGGAGGCCAUCCCGUUCCUGCAAGAGUACCACCUGCUGCCCGAUCCGCUCGACGAGCAGAGCAUGGCGCUCUACCUGCGCAACACGCCCGGCCUCGAUAAGGCCUCCGUCGGCCAAUACCUCGGAAAGGAAAACGAGUUCAACCAGCGCGUGUUGAAGUCGUAUGCUGGCCUGUUCGAGCUCCACGGCACCCCCUUCAUCUUUGCUCUUCGGAGCUUCCUCGAA